CUGGUGGCUUUGAUCAUAUGUCUAAAGAACCACAUUUUGGUGAGCGGUCAAGAAUGCAGGCUGAUAGGAAAAUUUGACCUCCAUGGAUUUGUAGAGUCUACAAACCAUGAACUUAUCAUUGGAGGAUUGUUUCCCUUCCACUGCAGGACCAUCUUGAAUAAUGACACCGACUUGGAAGAACCUAAAUCCCCGAAAUGUGAAGGGUUUAAUUUUCGGGCUUUGCGAUGGACCCGAGCGAUGAUGUUUGCUAUUGAUGAAAUAAAUAAACGCAAAGACAUUCUACCAAGAAUUACCUUGGGUUACCAGAUUUUUGAUACAUGCUUCACUAUCUCCAAAUCUGUUGAAGCCACCUUAACAUUUCUUACUGGACAGAAUGAAACCCAUCCAAACUUCCGCUGCAGUGCAGGAGCACCACUGGCAGCUGUUAUCGGAGCUGGAGGAUCAGCCUUGUCCAUUGCCACUGCCAGAAUACUGGGGCUCUAUUAUUUUCCACAGGUGGGAUAUGCAUCUUCUUGCUCAGUUCUCAGUGACAAGUUUCAGUUUCCAUCUUUUCUCCGCACAAUACCUAGCGAUCAAUCCCAGUCCAAAGGCUUUGCUGACCUAGUCACAUAUUUUGGUUGGACAUGGGUUGGGACAAUUGCAGCAGAUGAUGACUAUGGGAAAUAUGGCAUAAAGGUCUUCAAAGAGGAGGUUGAAAAAAAUGGAGUAUGCAUUGCUUUCUCUGAAACACUGCCAAGGAUCUAUAACAAAGAAAGUAUAGAUGCCAUUGUGGAGACAAUACGUGGGUCAACAGCCAAUGUCAUUGUCAUCUUUUCAUCUGACAUUGACCUUAGUCCAUUAAUGGAAGCUCUGGCAGCUACUAAUAUUACUGGUAAAACCUAUUUAUCCAGUGAAGCCUGGACGACAUCAGCACUAAUAGCUAAGCCACAAUACUUCUCAUUCCUCGGAGGAACCAUUGGUUUUGCUAUCCGUAGAGCAGAAAUACCAGGCUUUGAGCAAUUCCUCCUUGACAUUCAUCCAGAGCAUGGGACUGAUGAUCUGGUAUAUGAGUUCUGGGAGGAAGCCUUCAAUUGUACCUGGCCCACACAAAGAGCAGCAUUUUAUACUAAUAUAAGCAUAGAAGCAAUUGUGGCAGGACGGAAAAGGAAUAUAUCUCCUCGCCUCUGCACUGGAAAAGAACAAUUUAAAGAUAUAUUAAAUACAUACACUGAUGUGUCUGAACUUCGCAUCACUUACAGUGUAUACAAAGCUGUUUACACAAUUGCACAUGCUCUCCAUGAUUUAGACAUAUGUGUGCCAGGGCGUGGGCCUUUUCCAGCUGCUUCUUGUGCAAAUUUGCUUGAUUUUGAGCCAUGGCAACUUAUGUACUAUUUGAAGAAUACGAAAUUCACACUUGACACUAAAGAAUACAUGAAGUUUGAUGAUUCAGGUGAUGUAGACGGAUAUUAUGACAUUUUAAAUUGGCAGUGGCAUGACAAUCAGACACUAUCUUUUGUACAAAUGGGACAUUAUAAAGUAACUGGAGGAGGAGCAAGUGUUGAACUUAAAAUAGACAACAGCUCAAUAUUCUGGAACACCCCAAACAGACUGUCUCCAGUAUCGGUUUGCAGUAACAGCUGUAUUCCAGGUACAAGAAAAGGCAUUAGGCAAGGAGAACCAGUGUGCUGCUUUGACUGUAUUUCAUGUGCAGAUGGAGAAAUUACCAAUGAAACCGAUGCAAGAGAAUGUAUAUCAUGUCCAGCGGAUUUCUGGUCUAAUGCAUACAGGAAUGAGUGUGUACUGAAAGAAGUGGAAUUCCUUGCUACCGAUGAAGCUUUGGGAAUAACAUUGAUAUUUCUUGCUGUGUUUGGUGCUUCUCUGGUUAUUGCCUUCACUAUUAUCUACAUCAUGUAUAGAGAAACUGCCUUGGUAAAUGCAAAUAACCGCAGCUUGAGCUUUCUUAUUCAAGUCUCACUGGUUUGUACUUUUAUGACUUCAAUACUUUUUGUGGGAAAACCUGAGGAGUGGUCAUGUAUGGCCCGUCAAACUACUGUAGCCUUAGGGUUUUCUUUGUGUCUUUCCUGCAUACUUGGCAAAACUAUUGUUUUGAUGUUAGCAAAGAGAGCUGCCAAAUCAAAAAUGGCUGAAAAGACUAGUCAGAUAAACUUUAAGCCUUUAUAUCAAAUAAUUGUUGCCAUUUCUGGAUUAACAAUCGAAGUUGGGAUAUGUACAGCUUACCUAAUUCUGAUACCUCCAUGGGUUUACAAAAACAUGGAGUCCCAAAAUAUCAAGAUAAUUCUUGAGUGUAAUGAAGGUUCCAUUGAAUUCUUAUGCUCCAUGUUUGGGUUUGAUGUCUUCCUUGCUAUUCUUUGCUUUAUAACUGCUUUUGUAGCUCGAAAGCUUCCAGACAAUUUCAAUGAGGCAAAAUUUAUCACAUUUGGCAUGUUGGUCUUCUUCAUUGUUUGGAUAUCCUUUGUUCCAGCUUAUUUGAGCACAAGAGGAAAAUUCAAAGUAGCUGUUGAAAUUUUUGCUAUUUUAGCAUCAAGUUUUGGUUUACUUGGUUGCAUUUAUGUCCCUAAGGGAUAUAUAAUUCUAAUAAAACCAGAGAGAAACACUGAAGAAAUUGUUGGUGGCAAAGCUGCCACUAAUGACAAAAGUGCUCCAGCAACGUCAGCCUCUAUUACUAGUGAGCUAAAUAAUACGACAGUAUCCACUGUAGUGCUCGAUGAUUAA